AAAUACAAUUGUAAUGAGCACAAGGAAGACAAAUGUUUAGAACAAAACCUCAAAAUGUAUCUGCUAUUAAAGACCAAACUGUGAUAUUAAAAUGUGAAGUCAUGAAUCAAAGUGGAUUGAUGCAAUGGAGCAAAAAUGGCUUCGCUUUAGGUUAUGAUAAAUCAAUUCCUGGUUUUUCUCGUUAUGAAGUUGUUGGCAAUUUAAACCUUGGAGAAUACAAUCUUAUGAUAACAAAUGUGGAAUUACGUGAUGACACAGAAUACCAGUGUCAGGUGUUACCAACACCUGGUAAUCCAGCAUUAAUGGCAUCAGCUUAUCUCACAGUUCAUAUCCCUCCUGAUGUUCCAAAAAUAGUUGGACACAAGAAUGCCUCAACUAUUGACAUCCCAUACACACAAGAUGAGAUAAAAUUAGAAUGUGUUGCACAUAAUGGCCGUCCUGCUGCUCGUUUAGAGUGGUUUAAGGAUGGAGAGAAAAUAACAACGGGCAUUUCAUACCGGACAGAGACAAAGCCUGGGGAGAAACUAUCAACAGCAAUAAGUGUUCUAACUUACAGACCCAAGUUUAAUUACAAUGAUGCUUUACUAAGUUGUCAGGCUUCAAAUGAUGCUGUACAGGGUCCUCCUCUUGAAACUUUCGUACAACUUAGUAUAUCUUUCCCACCAGGCGAACCUCACAUCAGCGGUUAUCACGAAGGUCAAGUAGUACGCAUUAACGAUACCUUGCACCUGAAAUGUGUUUCUGAAGGUGGUAAUCCUCCUGCACUUGUUAUCUGGUAUAAGAAUAACAAAGAAAUUGACCGGUCUUACUUCACUGAACAGAAUAAGGCAGAAAAUGACCUAACCUUAACUGUUGAAUCUUCUGAUAAUGAUGCUAUUUUCAAAUGUGAAGCAUCUAAUACUGCAACAGUUAAUCCAUUAGUUGCAUCUUUCAAGCUAACAGUGCACUUUCCUCCAAAGAAAGUAAAAAUCUCCGGUCACAGGCUCGCUAAAGCUGGACAGACUGUGACAUUAAAAUGUGUCUCAACAAACAGUAAUCCAGCAGCAACAAUCACUUGGUUUGCAAGAGGAAGACAGCUUCCAGAUGAAAACACCCAAGUAAAGAGUUCACCUAAAGGAGGGUUUAUUUCAACAUCAAUAACCAAAGUUAACUUGACGGGCAAUGACAAUAAUGUUAUGUAUACAUGUGUUGCCAAGAAUGAAUACAUCGUCGGUGGAACAUCUGAUUCAGUUACGUUAAGUGUUCUGUAUCCUCCUGCCAGUCCAACAAUUUCUGGUUACAGCCCUGGCAGUGCAGUACACUCUGGUGAAACUGCAAAGUUAACUUGCACAGCCAUUGGGGGAAACCCUUUAGCUUCCCUUAAGUGGUAUACAAGAGGUCGUCGUUUAGAUUCUGAUUACAAGAUAAUUGGUAACAUUGCUUCUGCUGACUUGAAUAUAAUUAUCAAGCCUGAAGAUAAUGGCGCCAUCUAUGUUUGCAAAGCUACAAAUAAUGCAACUGUCAGACCUUUACAGACACAAAUACGGCUAAAAGUCUUCUUUCCACCAGUGUCGGUGAACAUUACAACCAAACCAGAUCAAGCCAGAGCUGGACAAAAGUAUACCCUUACUUGUGAAUGCUCUUCUAGUAACCCUGAAGCUGAAAUUAUCUGGUUACAUAAUAGUCAAAGGUUGCAAGGCAACAAUCUUGCUCUGAUGAAUGGCAGCAAUGGUGGGAAAAUAACCAUAAAUAUUUUGGAAAUUAUUCCUACACCUGAUGACCAUAUGGCUGUUUAUGGAUGCCGAGCUAUCAAUCAUGCAGUAGAUAAAGCUGUUAAUGACGGAAUUACUCUGGAUAUAUUAUUUAAACCAGUCUUCAAUACACUGAUACCCCACAAAAUCAGCAUCUUAGAAGAUGAAUGGAAAUCUGUGAAUUUUAGUGUAAGAGCGAAUCCGGAGAAAGUGAGGUACAGCUUAUGGCGAGACGGCCGUGUGUUGAAAUUACCUCGGAAUUUCCUUCUUGAUGAUGAUGGUCUCUUGAAUUUAACCAAAGUUAAGCAGAAAGAUAGUGGUGAUUAUCAAAUAAAAGCAGUUAAUAAAGAAGGUGCCACAUUUUUAAACUUCACAGUUGAUAUACUCUAUGCUGCUAACAUUACACACAUUUCAACUCCUGUCAUUGAAGAUGAAGGAGGCAUUGCUUACUUGGAGUGUAUAGCUGAAGCAAACCCAAUGAGUGACAAUAUGGUUGGAUGGACAAGAGACAGCUAUGAUAUGUCAAGAACUCGGCAGACUUACGAUAAAGGCAGCUCCUCUUUAACUGUCUACGAAUUGUCACGAACUGAUGCUGGAACUUUCACGUGUUCGGCAUAUAAUGGAUACGGCAAGGUAGUCACUCGAGUAGCUCAACUCAUAGUUAAGUAUCCACCACAAAUCGACCAAUCACGGCAAUAUGCAAAAGCAGCAAGUGAAAAAGGAGGAACAGCAACUUUGAUCUGUAAAGCAGAUGGAGCCCCUCUUAUAACGUUUUCCUGGUCAAAGGGAAGUGCUGAACUUAAGAAUUCUGAUAAAUACAACAUAAAAGGCACAAAAGAUGGGGAUGUGUAUUAUACAAGUUUACUUGAAAUUUCCAAUGUUACAAAAGAAGACUAUGGCAAAUAUUUGUGUAAGGCUAAAAAUGUUGAAGGAUCUGCUGAAUCAGAGAUAUUAUUGGAUGGUACAAGUAAACCUGAUCCACCAUACAACAUAAAGUUUGUCAAUGCCACACACAACAGUCUAACUCUCACUUGGCAGCCAGGUUUCAAUGGAGGCAUGACACAGUCCUUUCGGGUUCGUUAUCGGCCAAAAGGAACAACGAACUACAAAUAUGUUGAUGUUGGCCCUGGAUCAAAUGUCUAUUUGCUUACUGGUCUACAAAAAGGGAAAGAAUAUGAAAUAACUAUGCUUGCAUUCAAUAAACUUGGAGAAAGCAAAUACCAAAGGAAAGAAUUCAUAGCAAAAACUUCUAAUUUAAACCCACCUGAGGAGCAUGAUGCAGCACCGCCUCAAGAUUCCGAUGAUAUGCCACUCAUAAUAAUUCUUGUUGUUUGCAUCGUUGGCAUCUUCCUUUUAGCACUUAACAUUGGUCUCAUCAUGUUCUUUAUCCGCAGGAAAAGGAAACGCCUAGAAAGACACCUUGAGUGGUAUGCCCUUCACAGCUCCAACCAUAGUGGAACAAAUGAGACGAUACCUAGACAACGAGACGGUAGCGAUACAACAAGCCAUACGAAUACAUUUGAGCUUUUUGGCUCAACGAAAGAAAGUCAUCUUUAUCCCAUGUCUCCAUCAGAGGAUGCUCGAAGCUAUGACACAUAUGAUAAAAGUUUAGAUGAAUUUUCUGAUGAAUGCAGUAAAAACUAUGAGUUUUUGCCAUUUCAGGAUGAAGAUAUGAAGCGGGUUUUUUUACCUCCUCAUGAUUAUUCUGAUAGACCAUAUACACCAUGUAAACAAGAUUCACCUCAUGUAGAACCUAAAAGAAUAUAUAUGGACUCACCAAAUCGGCAAAUUGCAUAUUUAGAUGAUUCAGACACAAGAUUACCAAAUGAAGAUUUAUAUAUGACACCUAAAAAAAAGACAGAAACCUUUGAGCCUAAUCAUUAUGGGGUUAUUCGAGGCAAGACGCCACCAGGAAAUAUAUAUGAAGAUACAAAUUGGUCUCGUCAAGAACAAAAUAGUCGAAUGCGAAAUGGAAUGGUAGGGGACUACCUUGAACGUGCGCCCAGCCGUCCAUGCAGCCGAGCCGGUAAGACACCACCCCCUCCACCAGUGCGUACCUCCAGCCGGGGGGCCACCGACUCUGCUGCCGCCGCUACUUUGUCAUUAGAAAACCAUGCCCCUCCAUUGCCUGCACGUCUCUAUGGCUCUCAGGACUUGCCUAAUUAUACACCUUCUCCAGGUCCAAGUGUACCACUUUCUCCCAGCAUCGUCCCUAACCCCUGCUAUGAAAGCCCUUCUCAGUAUCGCAGCACCAAUGCGAGGGGGAGCCUUCAAUCACCAAUACAACCAAGCCUCGAAAUGAAAGGUCACCUGGUGUAAUCCUGGCUUACCAAAAUCCUUCCAUGGCAAUGAAUAAAACAACGAUGAUUUUAAAAAAGACUUUUUAUACUAUCUUUGCUGGCAUUUGGAAUUUAAAAGCAGCUAGCUAGAGAUUUUAAACAAUAUAUAUAUAUAAUAUAUAUAUAUAUAUAAUACAUGUAUAUAUAUAUGAUAUAUAUAUCUAUUAAUGAUACAUCUCGGUUGAGAUUUAUCAAUUUUUUCAACUGUCAGAGAACAAUCUCACAUUGCUGACUGAAACCAUCAAUGCAGAUUUAUAUUUCACUCAUCUUGAAGUCAAAUUGAAUGCAUUCAUCAGAUGAGUUGACUGAGGUGUUUGUAAACUUGGUCUCUUCAACUGUUUGUUCUUUGUUUACGAAAAAAAAAAAAGAAAAGAGACACAAAACAAAUGAUUGAGAAGAAAUGCAUUUCAUAAAACAAACACAAGAAAAACAUCAUGGGUUCAUUGAAAUAUCAACUUUUAUCAUUUAGGUUUUGAAUUUUUAACGAAUUUAAUCUGGUGAAGAAAUUAAUGAUGAUAAUGGUGGAACUAUCGUGAUGCUAUUUUGAUGCCAUAUGAGCUUUACUCCGUGUUACAUCACGGCAAGUGUAUAAGAGUAGAUAUAUGAACAAUCUAGGGCCUAUUAUGCCACUGAGAGUUGUAUGGUAUCUUCUCAGAACAUGGGUUUAACAGCAAACCAUUCCCCAUUUUCUUAAACUAUGAAUGAGAUUUUUUUUUUUUUUUUUUAUUUCACAGAAAGUUUUCUAUAAAAAAAAAAAUAGAAAAGAAAAAUGAAAAAUAAAAGAACUGCACAAGCUGUCAGUUGGAGGUCAGUAAAAACUGCAACCAAAUUUAUCAGAGAAACUAUUUUCAUAAUAUUAGCAUUACAAUCAACAGCAUUUUCCCCCCACCCCCUUCUCAUUAUUUCUUAUCAACUGUGACAGUUUGGUUACACAACAUUCAUUAUUCAUUAAAUAGAUCAACACAAUUAGCCGCACUGGACUACAGUGAAUCAUCUUUGGUUGCAGUAAGCUAGAUAUCAUUUGAUGAAUUUAGCAUCAGGCUUUUUAAGGGUCACAAUUUCUUUGUGACUCCUUACAGUUGUAGGCUUCAAUACUAUUUUGUGCUAAAAUAAUUGACGUGUGUUUGUGUACUGAUCUCAGAACCAUCGAAGCUAUGGCUGAAUGUUGUGAUGUUGUCGAUAUUUCAUAAACAAACAUACAAAAAAAAAAUAAUAAUAAUAACAAACCAACAAAAAACAAUACUUGCUUCAUGAAUUGCCUUUUCUUUCCUGAUUAACUCUUUUUUAAUUAUUUUAGUUGACUGACACAAACACACAUACACACAAACACACAUUCAUACUCGCACAUAUGAUGUAAAACACUUUUGGAUACUUUGAUAGAACUGAGGGUCAAGAAGUAAAUGCCAAAUAAUUGCUGUCAUACAGUU